CGAAGAGUCUGGACCGAAGGAUCUGCUGACGUGGGAAGGGGAGGAGAGUCUGGAGGAAGGGGAGGGGAAAGCAGCGCAAAGAUCGCAGAGUCUAAGGAGGCGCCCGCGGCUGCGGAGCUGCAGAGCGGAGUCUCUUCGGCCUCUGUGUCCGGGCAGUGGGCGCGCCACUGGGCCAGAAGGCAGCGCAACCUUUCGGUGAGGCCCGGCAGGGCCCCUGCGUUCGGCAAGCUGGCUCCCCGGGUGGCCACCGGGACCUCCGAGCCCAAUGGCGGGGGCAGCAGCAAAAUCGACAGCACUGUAGAGAUCGCCCCCAGCCCCAACGGAGUCGGGACCCUAGAAGAUGCGGCGCCCACGGAGCAGCUGCAGGGUGAGCGCGAGCGCGAGCGCGAGCGGGAGGGGGAGGGCGACGCGGGUGGCGACGGUCUGGGCAGCAGCCUGUCGCUAGCCGUGCCCCCCGGCCCCCUCAGCUUCGAGGCGCUGCUCGCCCAGGUGGGGGCGCUGGGCGGGGGCCAGCAGCUGCAGCUCGGGCUCUGCUGCUUGCCGGUGCUCUUCGUGGCGCUGGGCCUGGCCUCAGACCCCAUCUUCACGCUGGCGCCCCCACUGCAUUGCCACUACGGGGGCUUCUCCCCCAAUGCCUCUGGCUGGGAGCAGUCCCCCAACGCCAGCGGCGUUGGCGUCGCCAGCGCUGCCCUAGCAGCCAGCGCCGCCAGCCGCGUCUCCACCAGCACGGACCCCUCGUGCAGCGGCUUUGCCCCCCCGGACUUCAACCACUGCCUCAAGGACUGGGACUACAACGGCCUGCCAGUGCUCACCACGAACGCCAUCGGCCAGUGGGAUCUGGUGUGUGACCUGGGCUGGCAGGUGAUCCUGGAGCAGAUCCUCUUCAUCUUGGGCUUUGCCUCCGGCUACUUGUUCCUGGGCUACCCCGCGGACAGGUUUGGCCGUCGUGGGAUUGUGCUGCUGACCUUGGGCCUGGUGGGCCCCUGCGGAGUGGGAGGGGCUGCUGCAGGCUCCUCCACAGGUGUCAUGGCCCUCCGAUUCCUCCUGGGCUUUCUGCUUGCUGGUGUUGACCUUGGUGUAUACUUAAUGCGCCUGGAGCUGUGCGACCCAACCCAGAGGCUCCGGGUGGCUCUGGCAGGGGAGUUGGUGGGGGUGGGGGGGCACUUCCUGUUCCUGGGCCUGGCCCUAGUCUCUAAGGACUGGCGAUUUCUGCAGCGAAUGAUCACCGCUCCCUGCAUCCUCUUCCUGUUUUAUGGCUGGCCUGGUCUGUUUCUGGAGUCUGCACGGUGGCUGAUAGUGAAACGACAGAUUGAGGAGGCCCAAUCGGUGCUGAGGAUCCUGGCUGAGCGGAACCGGCCCCAUGGGCAGAUGCUGGGAGAGGAGGCCCAGGAGGCCCUGCAGGACCUGGAGAAUACCUGCCCUCUCCCUGCAACAUCCUCCUUUUCCUUCGCAUCCCUCCUCAACUACCGCAACAUCUGGAAAAAUCUGCUUAUCCUGGGCUUCACCAACUUUAUUGCCCACGCCAUUCGCCACUGCUACCAGCCUGUGGGAGGAGGAGGGAGCCCAUCGGACUUCUACCUGUGCUCCCUGCUGGCCAGUGGCACAGCGGCCCUGGCCUGUGUCUUCCUGGGGGUCACCGUGGACCGAUUUGGCCGCCGGGGCAUCCUGCUUCUCUUGAUGACCCUCACUGGCAUUGCAUCCCUGGUCCUGCUGGGCCUGUGGGAUUAUCUGAAUGAGGCCGCCAUCACCACCUUCUCUGUCCUUGGCCUGUUCUCCUCCCAAGCUGCUGGCAUCCUCAGCACCCUCCUUGCUGCUGAAGUCAUCCCUACCACUGUCCGGGGCCGAGGUCUAGGCCUGAUCAUGGCACUGGGGGCACUUGGAGGGCUGAGUGGCCCAGCCCAGCGCCUCCACAUGGGCCAUGGAGCCUUCCUGCAGCAUGUGGUGCUGGCGGCCUGUGCCCUCCUCUGCAUCCUCAGCAUCAUGCUUCUGCCGGAGACCAAGCGCAAGCUCCUGCCUGAGGUGCUCCGGGAUGGGGAGCUGUGUCGCCGGCCUUCCCUGAUGCGGCAGCCACCCCCUAACCGCUGUGACCACGUCCCACUGCUUGCCACCCCCAACCCUGCCCUCUGAGUGGCCUCUGAGCACCUUGGCAGGAGGCUGGCCCAUACAGAAAGGUGACAUUAGGCCCUGGCAAGGAGAUCGGGAGGAUUGAGUAAGGCAGGGCUGCCCAGAAGGCUCAGAAGCACCUCAUGCCAGCCAUCGAGAGCGCAGAGGGCUGUACCUACCCCCAUCUGCUCCCUGCUGAUUUGUGUUCACUUCCUUGGCAAGAGUCAGGGGAUAGGGAGAGAGCUCCGCACUGGAACCCUAGGUCUGGGCUUCAUCUGUGCCCAAAGACAUCCUCCCAGACCUCAUUCUUUCUUGCUCUAUUGUUCUGUUUCAAUAAAGACAUUUUGAAUAAAUGAGCACACCAUA